AGUUGCUGCUGUGUGAGAAACAGACAAAGAAUAUUGUUCUGGUUUUAAUAUAAUUUCAUGCACCGUGUUCCUGAUCAUCAUUUGAAGGCAAAUAACUCUCGGCCAGUGUUUCUAAUAGCAACCGUGUCAGACGCCUCUCAUUGUGUCGUCUAACCUUCACUCUCACCUUGAUGCUGUGAAUCAGAAAAAUUGACAUUACGUGAAAAUGUGAUUUUCAAAGUGAAACAAACAGACAGAGCUCUGAGCUGCGUUCACACAAUAAAAGACACUUCGGUCUUCAGUCCGUCAGCUGAAGAAGACAGUUAGCUGUGACGAUGCAUCUAUAAAAUAAAAGAUCUAAUACAAAACUCCAAAGUGUGCUCUCUCCCUAAGAGGGCAAUCAAGCAGGUGCCUGGUUAGUCAUGAUGGCUAAACAUACAGUCCCGUGGGUGUCUCCUGUUUCCAGCUGAGAGUACUUGUUCACAGUGCUGAUUUCCAUCAGAACAGGGCAGAGAAAGUGUCAGGUAAAUGGCUGCUUGUUCACCGCCAGGACUCAAACACUGCGGAGAGCUGAACUGGGCAGCAGCUCAGAGGGGAUAAAAAAGCGAACAUGAAGAUUAUUAUUAACUGCGUUUGUUACACAACGUUGCAAAGAAAGGCCUUGCAUUUGAAACAAAAUAGAAACUGUGAUAAAAAAAAAAAAGAAUGUUUCACCCAGAUUUAACCUCUCCAGCAGUGGAUCUUCAACAAGUAAAAGUACAAAUACAUUAAGUAUCAGAAGUACUCCUGUGACUAAUAUUACAGUCCAUACUGAUGCAUCAAUGUAAGAGAGAGUUUAGUCCAUGUGGGUGUGAAAGUGAAAUCAACAACUCAUGACGACGAGUCACAACUCUGUAUCACUGUUUGUUAAAGCAACUUUUCUCUCGAUUCCCGAGGUUGACGCGGGAGAGGAGCUGGUGUCGUGCCAGAACCAGAGCAGGCGGCAGUGUAACCGGGCUCAGCAGCCACUAUGGACAUAAUGGCAGAGGAGAAAAGACCGAAGAGGACGCUGACGGAGGAAGCGAAAAGAAGAGAGUGAGCGGGCAAGAUGAUUGAUGAUUGGUUGAUGAUUGGCUGUUAGCAAAGUUGUCGGGAUUCAAGCCCACGGUAUCGAAGGCCUGCCCAAAACCAAGCCAAUCGCGAUGUUCCAGGUUUUAUGGAAAGACGAGACAUCCAUCUGGACCAAACUUUGUUCUGUGGUUUGGAGAGACCUCCUUCUCUUUUACCAUCCGAUGUUGGAGGUAAAUGCUGAUCCACUUUGACAGAAAUGAUCCAGGGGAACAUCAAGAACAUCUCAGAUCAUCACCCAACGAUGCCUGUGGAGGUCUGCCCACCCCACAAAAAGAUGGACAAACUAUUUUUCUAUUGGUGGUAGCAUUGUACAUCAUCUUCAGAGAAGCCUGAACAUUUGAACUUCACCCCUCUAGUGCCCUGUGUGUGAAAGACCAACUCCAGGAGAGAGAUGCUGAAUUUAGAUCGCGAAAAAAGACCAACAACACGUUUCUGAAACAGUUUCAGCAACCAACAACCUCCACGAAGGAGGAUCUACCACAGGACUGUGUUUGUUUCAACUCACUGUGCAUAGGUCAGACGCUGACAUCUUGUGGUGGAUUCACAAACUGCUCCGUGAAAAGUCACAGUGUUUCUAUGGCUACAGAAAAGUGAUAGAAACUGUACCGCGGUCCUGACAAUUAACAGCCGGGCUGGUAACCGUCUGGGCACGGAGGACACAAAGAACAGUGUUUUUUCUUAAAUGUGAUGCAGAACUGCAAUUUGCAUUUUUUCUUUUUUCAGUUCAUGAAGGACUCUUUAAAAAAAUGAGCUGAUGUUUGAUCUGCAACAAACCGCAACCAGCUUUAAUCGUCUUUAAUCUUAAAUUUGUGCAGAUAUUUCCAAUAAAUCAAUCAAACAUCGACCCUCCUCAUAUAUUUGAUAUUACGAUAAAUGAAUCUUGUGCAUGCAAGCAAAGUGUAUGCACGGCAUCUUAUUCACACACACACACACACAGGUGCAUACACACUCCCACACAGGCACAAAGAACAGUUUCCUCUCGCACAAUUACAACAUGUGCCGUCAUCCGGCCUCCUUGAUGGUUGUCAUGGAGAUGUCAUUGAUAAGGUGGACAAAAUAAAUAUAUAUAUUUUUUCUUCUUCUUCUUCUUCUUCUUCUCUCUGAGCGUAAACUAAAGAAGAGAAAAGUCCUGCGAGGCGGCCACAAUUAAAAGGCUGAAUCAGAACUCCCAUUUGUUUUGUUUUUUUGUAAAUGGAAAGACAAAUCAGACAUGCUGCUGUGUGUGUUGCAGCGCUGGGUUGCUAUAGUGCUUCACCUUGUGUGUUCAUCUCUGUCAACCUUUUUCUCUGUAACUCUCCAGAGCUCUGCUUACUGCUGCUGCUGCUGCGGUGAUGAUGGAUUAACCAUUUCUUAGACCAGCCUGACGACAAGCCUCUAUCACUCUCUCUCACUCACUCACUCACUCUCUCUCUCUCUCUCACUCCAUCAUCACAUACUUUGUCUGAGGAGCAAACACAAUCUGAAAAACCUUGACUGCUGCUGCUGCUGCUGCCUCUUCUGACUUCCACACACACAACACCGCCUGGUCACUGAGGACGUCAGUCGCAGUCUCUGCAACAAGGGAGUAAAUGUCUGCAAGAGAGGACUGAUCACACACAGCUGAAGAAACCUGUCCGACUACAUCUCCAAAACCACCUGCUGGGACCAAGAGGGAUGGAGGGCGAAGGCUGUAAUCCUGGGGUAGCUAUGGAUUCAGGUAAUCCCUUGCUAAAAGCAGUCUUCCUCCGCCGCUUGCGACUCACACGGCUGCUCCUGGAGGGAGGCGCUUACAUCAACGAGAGUGACAGCCAAGGCCAAACACCCCUGAUGGUGGCCUGCAGGACCCAACAUAUCGAUGCCCAGAGCGCCAGCAGGGUCAAGCUGGUCCAGUUUCUUCUAGAGAAAGGAGCAGACCCGAACAUCCAGGACAAGGAAGGUCGCUCUGCGCUGAUGCACGCCUGUCAGGAGCAGGCAGGUACCGAGGUGGUGUCUCUACUCCUGGCCAGUGGAGCCGACAUUAGCCUGGAAGAUCAGUCCGGGACAUCAGCGUUGGUCUACGCAGUCAUGGCUGGAGACUGGAAGGUUCUGAAGUUAAUGCUGGACACGUGCAAGGCUAAGGGCAAAGAGGUGAUUAUCAUAACGACUGACAAAUUCCCAUGUGGGAAACUACAAGCCAAGCAGUACCUCAGCAUUCCUCCACUUAGUCCUCUUGACCAGACGGACAAAACAACGUCAGCAGCUCCUGCAUCUCCUUCUGAAAUUCAGCUCAUCACUUCCCCCCAGUGCUCCUCCUCUACCCUGUGUCCCCCAAAGCCCGUCUUCUCCUUCAAAGAAGCCCAGUCUUGUGGGGUAAACUCCCAUCCAUGUUCCCCAUCGAGGUUUCAACGACUUGGCCAAGCGGUGCCAAACGGACUGCAGCAGCCCCUCCUGAGGUUGAACUCUGAGCCCUGGCUAAAGAUCCCAGCGUCUCUGCUCACCCAGCAGCUUCCGGCGGGCGGCAAAGACCUCAGUGAAAGUGAGGAGCUCGCUCUCUUAAAACCGGAUGGGGACAACAGCGUAAAUUCAACUGGCAGCUUCAGAUGCUAUGAAGGACAACUGGCGAGGGACAAAGGACUCGAAGGAAACGGAAAGAGUGAAUGUGCCAAACACGUGGAACAAAAGAUGUCCUUGCCAGGUCUCAUCUCAUCCCACUCAGCCUCCCACCCCAACCUCCACUCUGUAAACCUUGGAACGGAUACAAUCGCCUCAUCUUCCUCCUUUUCAAGUGGGAAAACUCUUAGCACUCCACUCCACAGCAUGGCCUCAUCGAGCCUGCAUAGCAUAAUCCAGAGGCGCAAGCUUGGGGCGGACAUCUACAGCUCUGACCCUCAGCUAGCUGUAGACAUCCAAAACCUCCCCGAGGAGUCCCAACAAAGAACAAGAGACCUAGCAGAUGGCAAGAGGUUGGCGCCCUUACGCUGCUCCAGUACGCUCGGAUCCAGGGAGUCAUUCUCGGGCCCAAACAGGAGGGUGCUGUCUGGGUUUGAACGCAGAGGGUCUGGAGCCUUCUUGUUGGACCACAACUCCCAGGUCAGGCCAAGAUCUCUGCCACCUUUGACCCUCAACUCCACCAACAACACCCCCCUCCUUAAUGUUUAUAACCUCAGCUCCAGUGCUGGAAGUGGUUUCUGUGAGAAAGAGCCCGGCUUGAGAAAUUUCCUUCCCUCUGCACCUCCUGGACACCCCAAAGAGAUGACCCGGCGGAUGCUGCUGAGGAGACACUCGAUCCAGACCGAACAGUUCAAAACCACGGCUUGAAAUUUGACCAAGAUGGGGAAGAGAAGUUCAUCAGCGUGUUUUAGUGUUUUGUUACGUGAUGUAGUGUCCGUGUAGUGAAAUUCAAUGAGCCAAAGAGGAUGUACAAGAAUGACAAAAUAUCCUUUAUCGAUGUAUCUUCCUCUGCUUUAGUGUACUGUGUGUUGUCACUGUGCAUGUAGCUUCAGUGUGCAGUUUAUAUGUGCAACACUUUUCUGGUCACUUGGGGGCAGCAGGAAAAACACAACAUCGGACUUCCUGUCGUCUUAUGAAGUCGUUACACAUACAGCAGAAGUGACUUUUAGCUCAGUUUUGGUCUCAAUUUUGGGUAUUUUGAAAUACCAAGCUCUAAAUGCUUCAUGGUGUUCAACAGCUAGUCUCUGUGUUUUUAUUCAGUUUCAUGCUGGCACUAUAGAGUAGGUUUAUCCAAGCUUUUUUUUUUUUUGGGAAACUAGGUUGAUGAGAGCGGAACCAAAACAAUAAGCUAAACGGACUCAAAGGCAACAGCACAUAUGACGUAUGACAGUAUUGUACCGAUGAUUCUCUGUAGAUUUGUCACUUUUAACGUUAUUUAUGUCCAUUCGAUGCAUUCUUGAUAGAAGAAAUAUUGAUUAGUGCAGCUUUAAAGUCACUGAGGCGAAUUCACAGAUUUUGCAGCUGCUGAACCUGCAACGAGUAAGACACAAAAAACAAAUCAUGAAAUUGUCAAAGCAACACUGCGAAGCAAUUUACCGCCUUAGUGUAAUCCUACUGUGGUAAAUAUGUUCAGCUGUACUCGAGUAUUUGUUCAGAUUACAUUACUUAUGAUCAAAAACUAAAGAGUCGACGUCAACUAACAAAUAGAGCUAACAGACUGAGCUAACAAAUAGAGCUAACAGACUGAGC